AUGGAGAAGGAAACGGUACACAGGCGACAUCGGCUCAUCCCAGGGGUUCCACCCACUGUCAUGGCUCCCGGGCUUCACAAAGUGGUAACUGAAGCAUCUGAACUUCAGAGGAGCAAGAGUGUUGGGGGAUUUCCCCCCAAGGGAGAACCUGUGGCUCCCAUUGAGAAACUGCUGCAUGAGUUCGAAGGUGAAGAUUUGGAAAAAGAGUCAAAAGACGAAGCUGAGGAUAUUAGCUGCCAGAUAAUUCUAGAGGAUGACAAGGAUGGCCAGGAUCAGGGUGACCUAAAAAGAGUGGAACAAGACAAAGACAAAGACAAAGAAAAAGAUAAAGACAAAGACGAAGAAAAGGUGGAGCAAGAAUUUGAAAAGGAAGAAGAGGAACAAAUUGAGAGGGAUCAAGAUGAAGAAAAGAGAGACAUAGAGAAAGAAAACUGCAUUCUUGAACUAAAAACUGCACAGGCCCUGGAAAAGGAACUAGAAUCAUUAAAGCUGGAUGACCUUUUGGAGACUGAGACAAAUCUUGCCAAACCACCUGUUGCCUUUGUAGAGAUUGAUUUGGAAGAACGCAUUGAGGAGAAAACUGAAAGUACUUUGACAGAAGAGAAAUCAUCCAAGGCUGAAGCAGGAGAUAUGUCUGAAGAUGAGUAA